CGUCAGCUCGCACAUGCGCGUCCUCAUGUUCUGGAAAUUUCUUUGGUGGGGUGUUGGUGUAGGGGCUAGAUCAGGAGCAAUAGUUGUAUAUUACUUCAGACUUUAUAUUAAAAAUCUGGGUGACUUUCAUCGGCUCCUUUAAGCCAUGGUGAAGAAGAAUACGGUUCCUGAUGGAUGGCGAGGUAUUAUACCUGUCGGGAAACGUAUACCAAGAACUAGAUUUGUUGCUUUCAAAGUUCCUUUGAAAGGGGCAAUAAGUCAAAGGCUUACGGCUAAUCAGAAGUUUUCUCCAAAAGAUCUGAUAGCUAAAAUCAAAGAGCAGAAUGAGGAACUUGGAUUAAUUAUUGACUUAACGUAUACAACUCGGUACUAUACUGAGAAGGAUUUGCCUAAAAGUGUGCAGUAUCAAAAGCUAUACACUGUUGGGCAUGAAGUACCAGAUGAUGCUACCAUUCUGCAGUUUAAACGAAGGGUCAGAAAAUUCUUAUGGGAAAAUACAGAUAAUGAUAAAAUCAUUGGAGUUCACUGUACUAGUGGAAUUAAUAGAACUGGAUACCUUAUCUGUCGGUACCUCAUUGAUGUAGAAGAAGUGGACCCUGAGACAACAAUUGAACUUUUCAAUACUGCUCGUGGCCAUAAAAUGGAUGGAAGCGUAUACCUGUCUGAUCUUCGAAGUGGACCGAUGAGAAGUAAUUUAGGAAUUGAUGUGUUCGAUGCGGAACCAGAACCGGAACCAGAACCAGAAAUACUGGAGCCUUUCCCCUCGUAUUCUUAUAAAGGACCACAUGGUCCUAGACCACUACUUGAUGAUUUUCCAGAGCCUGAUUCAAGACAUGGACCGUCAUAUGGAGCCCUACCUCUUUCUGCCAGAGACUUUGAUGCUCCUCCUUAUAAUAGGUGGCAUGACAGGCCUCGACCACUUCCUCCUCCACUUCCUCCACCACCACCUUCACUUCUCUAUGGUGAACACAGACCACUUUCCCGCUUUGAUGACUAUGCUCCAGAGGAAUUUAAUGGACGUUCCAGGUUUAACCAUUUCAGUGAGCAUAGAGCAAUACGCAGUUCUGAAGAAAAUUCCCGUCUGCAUAGUAGAUAUGCACCUUAUUCUACAAGACUACCAGCACCUCAAGAUCGCUUCAGGGAUGAAUUUGAAAGAAAACCUUAUCCCUUUUCAAGCAGAAGAGAAUUAGAACCACAGAGCUCUGCCCCAUACACCAUUUUUACACGUGAUUACAAUCAUGGCCAGCCACCAGAGCGUGGUCCCAGCCUGAGUAAGCUCGGGGCUGGUUGUUAUGAUAAUUUUGAUGGCUUUCGUGAAUAUGAUUGGAACUAAAUCACUAACUUUAAUGUGUAUUCAUUUUUUUUAUUUUGGGUAUGGUAACUGCUUGUAUUUUUCAUAAAGUUUGCUUUUUCCAAAUUUUAAUAUUGAAGGACCACAAACCCUUCCCUCACUUAAUGCCUUUUACUAUUUCUGUUGACUUAGAACCGUGUAGUUGUAAAAAAAAAAUUGUUAGUUAUGACAGCAUAAAGUAUGAUGAAAGCAGAAACAUUUGUUUAGGUUUUUUUUUACUUAAAUCAGUACGUAUGAAUAUAUGCUUAUUGUCUUGGUUCCAGGUUUUUUGAAAGUGAAUUUCUGAGCACAACAGAUUGUAGAUAACUUUUUUAAAAUAAAAUUAGAGACUUUAAAUGUAUCCUAAAAUUGUGAAUUGUACACAUUGCCUCAAACUUAAUUUACCACCACAAAUGUUUGAUUUUAUUUGUGUUCUGCUUAUGUACAGAAAGGCAAAAUACAUCACAGAAGUACACAUUCAUUUCUUGCUACAAAUAAGCUAACUUCCUUGAUGCACCAUACCAACUAAGACAUGCAAUUCAAUGAGAUAGUCCUGUUUGUACCUGCUGAGCUCAUAGGUGGCAUAUUGUGUCAAGUGGUACUAAAAAUAAAUGUUUCUUUGCUCUAAAA